AUGUUCUCGUACCCUAAGCCUACACAGAUCACGUAUCCACCCUUUGAAUCCCUGAAUCCAAGACCUCUUCAUGCGAUUAGUCCACCAAAGGCAAUCCCGGAUCAUGUUCGCGUCGCUCUACCAAGAGCUGCGGCCCAAAGAACACAAGCCCCUUACUCGGAACGCGUUAUCCCCGGCUAUACACUGAGUACACACGUGUUCCCAGCCGCGAGCCCAAGGUCAAAAUGUGACACCGGUCCAACACCUCUGUUUCCGUUCUCGGACCCAAAUCGCAAAUCCAAAGUAACUGCUGCCACUGAACAACUCGCGGCACUUCGAGAUGUCAACGCCGAGGUUGUGUACGAAGAGGAUUGGCCAGAACAACCAUUGUGGAUGGUGGUCAAUCGCUUCACCAGCCAAAGGUUAUUUCAGGGAUACUCCGAGCCAAAACAGCCCAGGGUGACCAUGACAUUUAUGCACGCAAACGGGUUUCAUAAAGAGACCUGGGAAGAGGCCAUUAAAGCGGCAGUUUUCUCCUCAAAAGAAUUUGGCUUGACUGUGGAUGAGAUGUGGUUCUUUGAUUCGGUCAAUCAUGGAGAUAGCGCACUCCUCAACGAAGGACGAUUAGGAACUAUAUUCAACUGGCAAGACAAUGCUCGGGAUCUUUUAAACUUCUUACUUCACUAUCUUCCUCAAUCUCCUGGAGGCAUUCUCCCCGUAUAUCUUGAACCCAUUUCGACUUCCGAAUCGACACAUAGAGCCACUCGUGGCUUUUCGCAUCGAAUCCUGGUAGCAUGCGGUCAUUCCCUGGGAGGCGUGAGCACAUGUAGAGCAGCACUACAUAUGCCACAACUCUUCUCAGACGUGUUGCCAAUUGACCCAGUCAUAUAUGCCCCAUUUCUACACGACGCGAUAGCUGCCGCAUCACUUCCACUUGUCGCAACCGUUAGUCGAAGAGUAGAUUGGGCGUCGCGGGAGGAGGCCAUGAGGUCCUUGCUACAGCUUAGUUUCUUCAACAAAUGGGAUCGAAAAGUGCUUGAAGCCUAUGUCGACCAUGCAAUGUUCGACGACGACGAGGGGCGAAUACGGUUGAAAACAUCUGGAUAUCAGGAAGCCGCGGUAUUCGCUGAGAGGCGGGUAGCACGCGAAGUCUGGGAGCUAUUGCCUCAAAUGGACGAGAGGGUUGAGCUUCACUGGAUUAUGAGUGGAAUGUCUGGUGUUGGAGAAGAAGAGGAUAUGCUCAAGGAUAUAUUCUGGCGACGAGAAUUGACGGUUCUGGACAUCUUAUUGUCCAAACCGUUCCCCAUUCCUUGGGAGUGGGACUGGCGGCACAAUUCUAAGGUUCAGCCACUCUUGUACCUCGACGCUAACGAUAAAAUGUCACAACGCGCAAAUUACUAUGAGCAAGAGCUCGACGACGCGGACGAUCUUGCAGACGUUGGACUAAAUCUUACAAUUGGCAACUAUGGCGGCCUCUAUGAGGAUGCAGUGCCUAGGAUCGACGAAGCCACGCUCAUCGCGAUGCAGCAACAUGUCGCUCAACAAGUUGCUCUUGCUCAGGUCCCCGACGUGGUCAAAAGAUUCAUCAUCCAAUUCCAUCAAGCUAUUUUGAAUAACAAUCUUCCGGAAAUCACUGCUUGCUACGAGAAUGGCUGGAACCGGUUCACCGAACAGUUUUACGCCAAAACAGAGUGGCCAGAGGCAGAGAUCAUUGCACCGCUCGUCAACGACAAUCCUGUCUUUCUCAUCCUCUAUCGAGAGCUUUAUUAUCGGCAUAUCUACUCACGGCUAGCUCCAAAUGUGGACGAUAGAUUUCACUCGUACGAGAACAGCUGCGAGCUCUUCAACUACCUCCUUAAUUCAGAAGGCCCAGUACAGCUUACCCUUCCUGACCAGUGGCUCUGGGACAUCAUCGACGAGUUCAUUUAUCAGUUCCAAUCCUUCUCGCAAUGGCGAUCCAAGCCCAAGCUCAAAAGCGAGGACGAGCUUCAGAUGCUGGCAUCAGAAGCAGAAAGCUCUGGGGGCUCGCAACUUUGGAGUUGCUAUUCCGUCCUCAAUGUCUUAUAUUCAUUGGUGCAGAAGAGCCGCAUCAAUGAGUAUCUGAUUGGCGUUCGAGAAGGCUGCAGCGAGAUUGAGCUCGUGGAAAUUGCGGGCGAGUAUGGAUCAAAGCCACUAUACCGCAUGCUCGGAUAUUUUAGCCUGAUAGGACUCCUGAGAGUUCACGUCCUUCUUGGAGAUUUCACACUGGCCUUGAAAGUGAUGGAGAAUAUCGAGCUCAACCAAAAGGCAUUCUUCACCAAAGUCACUGCAUGUCACGUCGCAACAUACUAUUAUGUCGGCUUCUCCUACAUGGCGCUUCGCCGAUACAACGACGCCAUCCGCACUUUUGUGUCAAUCCUCAACUUCAUUGGUCGAAUGCGGCAGUAUCACACGCGAAGUUAUCAAUACGAUCAAAUCAACAAGACAGCCGAGCGGAUGUACGCACUUUUCGCCAUCUGCAAUUGUCUCUCACCAAGCAAACUUGACGAUCAAAUUCUCAACAACGUCAAAGAGCGCUAUGCUGAUCAAAUAUCGAAGAUGUCGCAGCCAUUCACGUCAAAUGCAUUCAUCACCCCGAAUCCGACCACUCCCAUUACCCCUGGUUCGCCAACAGCGAAAGCGUCUGCUGCCUCCGAAGCCUUGGCCGCUUACAGCGAACUCUUCCUUUUCGCUUGUCCAAAAUUCAUCACCGCAAAUGCACCACCGUAUAAUGACCAGGACGCGCUUACCGUAUACGUCAACGAUCCUCCAGAGGAACCAGCUACACGACAUUUAUCCCUCUUUUUGGACGAUAUCCGUGCACGAGCAGAAGUUCCAACUCUGCGAUCGUACCUCAAGCUCUACACCAGCUUGGACGCCAGCAAACUCGCCGGUUUCCUCGAGAAGGAUGAGGAAGAACUAGUGCAACUAAUGAUGGUCAUGAAAUCCGCGAGUAGAGGCGUCUCCAGAGUAAAUAAUGAGGGUACUCUGCUCGACGGGCAGAUGAUCACGACGAGCGAUCUUGAUUUCGUCAUCAACGAUAACAUGGUUCACGUCGUGGAGUCUGUUAUCAAUCGCAAGUACGGUGGUUGGUUUGUGCGUAACACCGAGCAUGCACAACGAGUGUACGACGCUCUCAAAGCCAGCCCACUCCCGAUCUCAAAGCAGACUCCAGCGGCUAACGCAGGUUCAAAUACAGAAGACACAAAGCCUAUCACUCAAGACGCAAAACGGACAACAAACGUUCCGUGGAAUGCCUCGACACGUAAAGUGGAGUUUAAUGUGUAA